UGACGCGCCACCGCCAUGGGGCAGCAGCCCAUCACCUUCCUGCGCCAGGUGACGGCGCUGUGCCUGUGCCCCGAGCUGAUGAAGGACGAGUCGGUGCCCAGCGACGCCAAGGAGAGCGCCCAGCGCCUGCUGGACGCCUGCGGCGGCGGCAGCGUGGGCUCGUACAGCGCCAGCCCCGGGGUGCAGAUGGUGCGCGAGAGCGUGGCGCGCUACAUCGAGCGCCGCGACGGCGGCAUCCCCGCCAAGGCCGACGACAUCUUCCUGUCCACGGGCGCCAGCGACGCCAUCGUGAACAUGCUGAAGCUGCUGGUGUGCGGCUCGGGCGCGUCGCGCACGGGGGUGCUGAUCCCGAUCCCGCAGUACCCGCUGUACUCGGCGGCGCUGGCCGAGCUGGAGGCGGCGCAGGUCAAUUAUUACCUGGCCGAGGAGCGCUGCUGGGCGCUGGACGUGGCCGAGCUGCGCCGGGCGCUGUCCGAGGGCCGCCGGCGCUGCAACCCCCGCGCGCUCUGCAUCAUCAACCCCGGCAACCCCACCGGCCAGGUGCAGAGCCGCGAGUGCAUGGAGCAGGUCAUCAAGUUCGCCUACGAGGAGAAGCUCUUCCUGCUGGCCGAUGAGGUGUACCAGGACAACAUCUACGCCGAGGGCUCGGCCUUCCACUCCUUCAAGAAGGUCCUGAUGGAGCUGGGGCCGCCCUACUCGGACUCGGUGGAGCUGGCCUCCUUCCACUCCACCUCCAAGGGCUUCAUGGGAGAGUGCGGCCUGCGCGGGGGCUACAUGGAGGUGGUGAACCUGCACCCCGAGGUGAAGGCCGAGCUCAUCAAGCUCGUGUCCGUCCGUCUGUGCCCCCCCGUGCCCGGACAGAUGAUCCUGGACGCCAUCGUGGACCCGCCCAAGCCCGGAGAGCCGUCCUACGAGCGCUUCCAGGCGGAGAGGGAGGCGGUGCUGAGCGCGCUGGCGGAGAAGGCGCGGCUGACGGAGGAGAUCUUCAACCGCACGCCUGGCAUCCACUGCAACCCCGUGCAGGGCGCCAUGUACUCCUUCCCCCGCAUCGACCUGCCGCCCCGCGCCGUGGCCGCUGCCAAGGAGAAGAAGCAGAGCCCGGACAUGUUCUUCUGCAUGCGGCUCCUGGAGGAAACCGGCAUCUGCGUCGUGCCCGGCAGCGGCUUCGGGCAGAAGGAGGGCACCUACCACUUCCGGAUGACCAUCCUGCCGCCCAUGGAGAAGCUGAAGAUCCUCCUGGAGAAGCUCAGCUCCUUCUACACCAAAUUCGUCCAGGAAUUCUCUUAACCGGGGGGUGGCCGCGGCCCCUCUGUCACCUCCUGUCACCUCUGCCACCUCCUGCCACCCCGUGUCACCUCCUGUCACCUCUGUCACCUCGUGCCACCCCUCCCCAGGUGUCGUGGGGCCGUUUGUGUUUGUUGGGAAUUGCGGGGCAGGUCCCCACCCCUCCCGUGUCCCCAAAUAAAGGACGGUGACCGGCGGUGGUGGCACUCGCAGCCUUGGAGGUUUGGGGGGAUCCCGAGGGGUUUUUGGGGGAUUUUUGGGGGAUUUUUGGGGGGUUUUUGGGGUGGGAGGAUUUGUGCAGGAAUUGGGGGUGGAAGUGGUGGAGGAGCAGCAGAAGGGACAGCCUGGGGAUGAAGCCCAAAUGCUGAAAUCCCAAAAUCCCCAAAUGCUGAAAUCCCAAAGUCCCAAAUCCUGAAAUCCCAAAUCCCCAAAACUUGAAAUCCCAAAGUCCCAAAUGCCAGCAUCCCAAAAUUGCAGAGUAUCCUGAAAUCCCCAAAUCCCCAAGUCUUCAAAUCCCAAAGUCCUCAAAUCUCCAAACACCAGGAUCACAAAAUCCCAGCAUUUCCUGAAAUCUCAAAGUCCCCAAAUCUCCAAAUCCCAAAGUCCUGAAAUCCUCAAAUUCUGAAAUCCCAAAUCCCCAAAUCUCUAAAUCCCUGAAUCUUGAAAUCCCUAAAAUCUGAAAUCCCAAAGUCCUGAAAUCCCAAAUCCCCAAAUCUUCAAAUCCCCAAAUUCUGAAAACCCUAAGUCCCAAAACUCCCAAAUUCUGAAAUCCCAAAUCUCCAAAUUCCCAAAUCCCCAAAUCCCUUAAUCCGGAACUCCCCAAAUUCUGAAGUCCCCAAGUCCCGAAAUCUCCAAAUUCUGAAAUCCCAAAUCCCCAAAUCUCUGAAUCCCUAAAUCCUGAAAUCCCCAAAAUCUGAAAACCCAAAAUCUCAAAAUCCCAAAUCCCCAAAUCUCCAAAUCCCUAAAUCCUGAAAUCCCCAAAUUCUGAUAUCCCCAAGUCCCAGAAUUUCCAAAUUCUGAAAUCCCAAAUCUCCAAAUCCCAAAAACUCAAAUCCCAAAGUCCUCAAAUCUCCAAACCCCAGGAUCACAAAAUCCCAGCAUUUCCUGAAAUCUCAAAGUCCCCAAAUCUCCAAAUCCCAAAGUCCUGAAAUCCUCAAAUUCUGAAAUCACAAGUCCCCAAAUCUCUAAAUCCCUGAAUCUUGAAAUCCCCAAAAUUUGAAAUCUCAAAGUCACGAAAUCCCAAAUCCCCAAAUUCUGAAAACCCUAAGUCCCAAAACUCCCAAAUUCUGAAAUCCCAAAUCUCCAAAUCCCGAAUCCCAGCAUCCCAAAAUCCCAUUGUGUCCUGAAAUCUCAAAGUCCCCAAAUCCCCAAAUCUCCAGAUCUCAGCCCCCAAAUCUCUGAAUCCCAAAGUCCCAAAAUCUCCAAAUUCUGAAACCCCAAAUCUCUAAAAUCCCCAAAUUCUGAAAUCCCAAAUCCCAGCAUCCCAAAAUCCCAUUGUGUCCUGAAAUGUCAAAGUCCCUGAAUCCCCAAAUCUCCAAAUCUCCAAAUCCCCAAGUUAUGAAAUCCCCAAAUCAAGUCCCGAAAUCCCCUAAUCCCAAAUCUCUAAAUCCCCAAAUUCUGAAAUCCCAAACCCCAAAGUCCCCAAAUCCCCAAAUCCCCAAAUCCCAGCAUCUCAUAAUCCCAAAGUCCAGAAAUCCCCAAAUCCUGAAGUUCUGAAAUCCCCAAAUCGCAAAAUCCCAGCGUGUCCUGAAGUCCCACCAUCCUAAAAUGUCCAAAUCUGAAAGUCCCGAAAUCUCCAAAUUCUGAAAUCCCAAACGCCCAAAUCCUGAAAUCCCAAAGUCCCAAAUCACAAAGUCCCAAAUCCCAGCGUCCCAAAAUCCCAGUGUGUCCUGAAAUGUCAGUCCCUGAAUCCCCAAAUCCCAAAGUUAUGAAAUCCCCAAAUCAAGUCCCCAAAUCCCCUAAUCCCAAAUCUCUACAUCCCCAAAUUCUGAAAUCUCAAACCCCAAAGUCCCCAAAUCCCAUCAUCCCAAAGUCCAGAAAUCCCCAAAUCCUGAAGUUCUGAAAUCCCCAAAUCGCAAAAUCCCAGCGUGUCCUGAAAUCCCACCAUCCUAAAAUCUCCAAAUCUGAAAGUCCCGAAAUCUCCAAAUUCUGAAAUCUCGAACACCCAAAUCCUGAAGUCCCCAAAUCCCCACAUCCAACAAGCCCAGCAUCCCAAAAUCCCAGCACUCAACAUCCCAAAAUCCCGACACCAAAAAUGUCAACGAUCCCAGCAUCCCAACGUCCUGAAAUCUCAAAAUCCCCAAAUCCAACAUCCCAAAUCCAACACCCAACUCCAAUACCCAACAUCCCAAGAUCUCAAAAUCCCAAUAUCCAACACCCAAAAUCCCUACGUCCUCACAUCUAACACGGCCAACAUCCCAAAAUCCGAGGUCCCAGCAUUCCAAAUCCCAAAAUCCCCACACACAACAGCCCCAAAUCCUGAAAUCCCAACACUUCAAAAUCCCCAAAUCCCGAGAUUCCAGCACCCCAAAAUCCCAAAAUCCCAAUGUCCAACAUCCCGACACUCCCAAAUCCCAACACCCAACAUUCCGACAUCAGCACACGACUCCAACACCCCAAAACCCAACACCCCAAAAUCCUGAAAUCCCAACACCCCAAAAUUCCACUGUCCCAAAUUCCAACACCCCAAAAUCCCAACAUUCCAAAAUCCCGACAAGGUAAAAACCCCAAAUCCCCAAAUUCCAACACCGGAUUCUCCAAAACCCCCAAAGGCCCAGCAUCUCAACAUCCCAACACCCCAAAAUCCAACACAAAACACCCCAAAAUCCCAAAUGCAACACCCACCCCAAAUCCCAGGAUUUCAAAAUGCCCAAAUCCAAACCCCCAACAUCCCAAAAUCCCGGUGUCCCAACCCACAACAGUCCCAAAUACUGAAAUGCCAAAAUCCAACACCCCCAAAUGCCAACAUCCAACAUCCCAAAGUCCCCAAAUCCCAACGUUCAGCAUCCCAAAAUCCCAGAGUCAACACCCAAAAUCCCAAUAUGCGGCAAUCCCAAAAUCCCAAAAUCCCAAUAUCCACUGUCCCCCAAAUCCCAACAUGCACCACCCGGAAUCCCGAAAUCCCGACACUCCCAAAUCCCAACAUCCAACAUCAGCACACGACUCCAACACCCCAAAUCCCAAAAUCCCAAAUCCAACAUCCCAAAACUCCAACAUCCCAAACCCCAAAACC